UCUAAACAAGGUAAGCUUAAUAAUUCUAAAUUUUCUUCCUUUUUUAUGUGGACAUUACAUUUUAUUUGUCGCAAAAUCUGUAAUGACGUAACUAAAAACGGGGAGGAAUAAAAAAAGAAACGACGUCGUGUGUGCUGCCUAAUGGUAAUAUGGUAGUCGGAUCGUCGCCUCUCGCCUCGCUGUAGAGUGUAGACUGUUCAAGUGAAGUGCGGUUGUUGUGUGGGGCGUGGAACUCCGAGUGGCUGAUAGAGUUGCAGCAAAAUUCCUGGUUUUGCAGAAUAUCUACAUACUGUCUUUAGUAUGACAAGUUUAGACAGCCAUCCGUUUGGACGUUGCUGUCUCUACCUUUUUUGCACGGACUUGUCUGGGCAUGGUAGAUGUUCAGGAUGGUAAGCAUAUGUCUUUCUAUCCGUGGGAAAUGAACACACUGCCUUGUAAAGCUUUUUUUGGUACAUGUCCAACUGAAAAUUUUCAAAUUGAGGAAGUUAGUGUUUAUCAUUUGAGUGAAAAAUAUGGAUGCAAAAGCAGUACCAGUGUUUUGGUUGGAAGAAUACAGUGGGAAUCCACUUACUCCUGCCAGUUUGAAAAGAAAGGCCAAAUCAAAGAAACUGGAGUUUGUUCAUUGGGGUUCAAAACCACUCAUUGAAUUUCUUGAAUCUAUUGGUAUAGACACCACUAAACAGAUCUCUCAACACGAUGUUACUGACAUUAUAGGAAAAUAUGUUAAUGACAGUAACCUUCUACACCCGGCAAAAAAGAAGAGAAUUCUUUGUGAUGAGAGGCUUUAUUCUAUUUUUGGAAGAAAAACAAUUAGCCGAAUCAAAGUCUAUGACUUGCUUGAGACACACUAUGCUGAGAACCAAGAUGCAUGGGAUGACGACUUUUUCUUUAGCUCAGAUGAGGAGAAUCUCGGUGAAGAACAGAAAGGUUUGAGUUUGGAGAGAAAGGCUUACCAAAAGAAAAAGGUUUUUGAAACACCGAAAAGUUGCUUCGCUGCAAUUGUUCCAGAUAAUAUUAAACUGGUUUACUUGAAAAGGAGUUUAGUUAAGGAUCUUUUGAAAGAUUUUGAAAGCUUCGAAUCUAAAGUUGUAGGUAGCUUUGUGAGGAUCAAAUCAGACCCCAAUAACUUCCUUCAGAAAAACUCUCAUCAGCUUGUGCUAGUUAAAGGGAUGAAGUACUCUGGAAACAAUGAUACAAACAUAGACAUUCUUCUCUGGGUUUCAAAUUUUGUGAAAGAUGUUAGCAUUUCCAUGCUUUCUGAAGAUAAUUUCUCUCAGGAAGAAUGUGAGGAUUUGCAUCAGAGAGUAAAAAAUGGCUUGCUGAAGAGACCAACUGUUAUGGAACUCGAAGCAAAGGCUCGAAUUUUGCAUGCAGAUAUAACUAAGCAUUUGAUUGCUGCAGAACUUACCUUGUUACCAAAGCUAAUUGAUCGUGCCAAUGAAAAGGGAUGGCGCAAAGAAAUGUUUGAGUACAUGGAGAAAAGAGAGCUUCUUCAGACUCCAGAUGAACAAUCACGGCUGCUGCUUGAGGUUCCAAAUGUUAUUGCAGAUGAAAUAGAACUUGAAACUGCACCACAAAAUGGUAAACAUGAAAAUGCUGGCUCGCAGAUAUCAACUGUCAGGGGAACUUCAAAGAUUCUUAGCGUUCCAGCUUCAAAUGGAAAAUUGUCAACCUUGAUGCCUUUAACCACAGAGUCUGUGGUCCAAUCUUCCUUCCCAAUUUCAAAAGAUGAUAUUGUUCAUUGGCAUGAUGUUCACAAACGGCUAACACAACCAAGAGAGGGUAAUGAUGAAAGUGCACAACUUGUGAAUGGACCAGAAAAAAAUGGCUCCAUAGACAAACAAAGCUUUGUAAAAAUAUUCAAUACUCAAGUGAUUGACUUGAGUGAUGAUGAAGAACAGAAGGAUUUAAAUGAAGUUCAGGCACAUGAGGAUGUGAAUAGCUUGAUGUGGCAUUAUGCAGAUCCUCAAGGAGAUUUACAGGGCCCCUUCUCUCUCAAAUCACUAAAAGCUUGGAUGGAUGCUGAUUACUUCCCUAAUGAUUUUAAGGUUUGGAAGACAGGACAGAACAUAGAUAAAGCUGUAUUGUUAACUGACAUACUUGGUCGAAUGUUUCCGAUUUAGUUGUUGAAAUUGUACAUGGACAAGAACUAGAUAUCUUGCAACUGCUAGUACACCCUUAGGUUGUGAAGAUGAAAUUGUGCCAUACCAAAUAAAUGACAAUCCUUUCAAUCUUCAGUUAUAUUAUAGCUUGUUUGAUGAGAGGAAUGUCUUAUUCCUUUUUGGGUUUCUCGGUUAUAUUCAUGUUCAAGCACAAAAAUAGAUAAGUAUUCUAGGCGGAGGUUGUCCAUCAUUUCUGCCGAAGCCCCAAAUUGGCACUUGUUAUUGUUGAAAACUGAUAUGAGGGCAAAUAUUAGAAAUGAAGAAAAAAGACAAAGGUUGGAGGUUGGAGGUUGAUCUGCUUUUGUGCUCGGACAUUUAAGUCAAAAGGGUGAAGGAAGAUUAAAGUAAAGAUUGGCCUAAGAAUGGGUAAAUGAGAGAAAAUGAGUGGUGUUAAAGAGUGACACGAAAGAAACGUGAUAUUUUUACCUAGAGGGAUGAUGUGGUCUGAUCUGUUUGAUUCGACUUGAUGUGGUAUCAAUAUGAGCCGAUACGGUUUUUGGAUAGUCAAUGCCUGAAUGACAAGUGUAUAUGAUCAUGUGAGAGUGAUGAGACGUGAGGUGUACAUCGUUGUUUGAGGCAGUCCGACGUUGGUAUCUGGAUCCGAGAAUUUAGGUCACACAAGGGGGAAUAUCUAUAAUCGUCUUGUCCACGUAAGGAUGGUGUAAAAGACAAUAAUGUUUUUGGAAUGGAAAUUAUCUUCAGUUCGGGUAAAAAACGAUUAUACCCUUAUGAUCCUACAUCAUCACUAACACUAAAAAUAUCAAAUUAGUACAAUGCAAUAUUAGAAAGAAAUAUUAUGAAGAUGCAGAU